UUAUUAUAAUAUAAUUUCUUUUUCAUUUUUUUUUAAAUAGAAAACGUGGCUAAAGACAGAUUGCCCUAAACUAAUUUAGUUAUUUACAAGAUCCAACCAGAAAGAUCCGACCCAUACAAUACAAACCCUAAAACCCGACCCAUCUAAACCAAAACGAUGUCGUUUUGUAUCACUCAACAUUCUCUUCUCCAAAAUUUUCAAUCAUCGGGUCUGUCUCUCCUCUUGCGACACUCUCUAUUGCAAAAUCGGAGAUUGAAACCCUAGAGUAUCUAUUUUCGUUCUUCCUUGUUUGUUUUCUAUCUAAAUCGAAAAUCCAUCUUCCUUCUUCCUUGUUGGUUCGUGUCUCAACUAUCUCUUUGUCUCUCUUGUCUGAAACCCUAAAGUCGAGACCGCUUCGUUUCUUCAUCCUCCUUUGUCGAAAUCGAGGCUCCAUCUUUGUUCCUUGUGGAAAAUUAUGAAGAAAAAUCAAAAGGUAGUCCCCAAUGAAAGUCGUCGUCAGUCUCUUAGAGUCAGGAAACCGGACUCGGCUGCAAAAAAACCAGAACCGAGAGUUCAGAAGAGCAAGAAAAGCAGUAAGAAGAGUAAGAAGAGUAGGCCAGUGAGAGAGCCAGCGAGAGCACCGAGUGUAGAAUCGCUCUCAGUCUCAGAUGAGUCCGAAAGAGAGGGGUCCGAUAGUGAGGGGUCUGAAAGAGAGGAAAUGCAACCGAAUCAACCCCUUGAGUUCUACUUCAAAAGCAGCGAGUUCCCCCAGAGUUCGAAGAUACAAACUAAGUGCUUCGUGACCAGGACAGUAAAGCUCAUCAGGGAUAAGCCUGAGGCUGCGUGGUUCACAAGCCAUCCUCAGUUUCGACAUUUCUUCCACAUGCCAGACGAAGAUAACCUGAAGCUUCAGGGGAUGUGGAUGUUACAACUGCGCACCAUUUGUACUCCAGAAGAUGAUGUUGCAUGGUUUGCGGUUAAUGGUGUACCCAUCCGCUAUUCUAUGAGGGAACAUGCCCUCAUCUCUGGGUUAGACUGCGGUGAUUAUCCACCAAACUAUGAGAAGUUGGGAGGUUAUAAGUUUGUGGAUUAUUACUUCCAUGACAGAAAGAAGAUCACCAUCACUGAUGUGAAGCAGAAGAUGUUGUCUAUGCCGCCGUGUCCAGAUAGAUUGAAGAUGACAGUCUUGUUUUUUCUUGGUCGGGUUAUCAGAGGAAAGCCGAAGGAUGCUGGAAAUUUAGACGACUUCAUAUUAAGGAUGAUGGACGAUUUAGAUGCUUGCAGAUCAUUUCCCUGGGGUCGUCUAACGUUUGAGGAUGCAAUAAAGGAGAUUAAGCACGUGAUGAACCAUCUGAAGGGUGAAGUGAAAGAGGCAUGCGCCUUUCCUGGUUUCAUCAUCCCUUUAGAGGUUCUGGCUUUUGAGUGUAUUCCGGAUCUGGGGAAGACGUUUAGAAUCUAUUCAGAGGACGCCAGUGAAGAAUGUCCAAGGAUGUGUAAGAGCCGGUUUACAAAGUCCAGUCUUAGGGGUUAUCCUUUGGAAGACAUAUAUGCUGCUGUUGGAGAAACAAAGGUUAUCAACAGUGUCUUAGUUCCAACUAUUGGUGAGCAAAUUAUGCUGGCUCGUAUCAUUGAUGAGGAGCGAGAGUAUGACCGUCAGGGCAGCCCAAGUGAUACUUGGAACUACUGGUUAAAUGUGAAGCAGAAGAAUAUUUGGUGGGAAGAGCUAUAUGAGUUGGAUCAAGCUGCACGAGGAGUGUUGCCAAAAAAGAAAGACAAAGAGAAGGUGACGUUUGCAGAAGGAUCAUCCUCUAAUUCUGGAUUAGAUUCGAGGUUGCAAGGUCUGGAAGAGAGGAUUUUGGAGUUCAUGGGAGAAAGAUUUGUUGGACUUCACGUCACGGUGGAGACAAUGUUAGAGGCUCAAAGCUCAAGGAUGAGUGUUCUUGAAAAGAACCAGCGGCUUUUGAGAAGAAGGGCUAAGAAAAUAGAAGACAGGCUAACUUCUAUUGAGAGUAAAGUGGAGCCGAGUCAUGGUGAAGACAUGGAUUUUCGACAGUGGGACAAUGAUACAUAUGAAGAGAAGGACAAAGCUUGUUCUGAGAAGGAGAAAGCUAAUGCUGAGCACGAGGCUGGAAAAGAAAAGGAUAACAUCGAGAAUACUGAGGAAGAGGGUGAGAAAGAGGCUGAUGACAAUGCUCAGCAAGAGGGUGAGAAAGAGAAGGAAAAUAGUGAGGCUGAUGAGGAAGAAGACAGUGAGAGUGAAAGUGAAGAGUUGAAGCAAAUGAAGGAGAGAAGUAGAAGACAAGCUGCUAAAUUGUGGAAGGAAAUUGCGAAUGAGGAAAAGAUUGGAGGGAAACAUAUUAAGGAUGAUGGACGAUUUAGAUGCUUGCAGAUCAUUUCCCUGGGGUCGUCUAACGUUUGA